CUUCGCAAGUUUUCUUGCCAUCUCUUUCUUAUAUGCUCAUUCUCUUUCCCUCUAUGGAAGAGGGGGGGUAAAAAAACGUAAGCCAAGCGUGUUUUGCCGGCAUAAUAUAAAAAUUGUCUUAAUUACACCAAAAAUAUCAACAUGAAAUUAGUAAGGUUUUUAAUGAAACUGAGCCAUGAAACGGUCACAAUGGAGCUGAAAAACGGCACACAAGUCCAUGGCACUAUAACCGGUGUAGAUGUGGCCAUGAAUACGCACUUAAAAGCUGUAAAAGUGACUGUAAAGAACCGAAAUCCUGUGAACUUAGACACCCUAACAGUUAGAGGAAACAACAUUCGUUACUACAUUUUGCCCGAUAGUUUACCCCUCGAGACUCUGCUGAUUGACGACACCCCCAAAGCCAAGGCCAAGAAGAAGGAGAGCGCCCGGGGGGCUGCCAGAGGCCGCGGGAGGGGCCGUGGCAGAGGGGGCCCCCGAGGCAGGGGCAGAGGGAGAGGGCGUAGAUAAGAAUACGUUCAUUAAAUUAAGUUUCGUAAUUGUAAGUGUGAAUCUUUUCGUUUAGUUCCAGUAUUUGUAAAACUUUUAUAAUUCUGCUAAAUUCAUCAAUAAAACAUAUUUAGGUUUAAAA